CCAUUUUGUGAUCAGUGAUGUAUUCAUUUUUUGGAGUAUGUAAAUAUUUAGUGCAACACUUGUCGCUUAGCUGAAUGGAAAACCCAUAGCUUUUAUAUUGCUAAGAAGAUAUAUUUGAAGACGACUGAAGAGAGUUAUUACAACAAACUUAACAUUACUUAUCCUCUGGUUCCCUUCUACAAUUUUAUUCAACAUUUCUCGCUCUCCAACGAGAUGAUACGUGAGUCAUCUUCCGCCAUGUUAGAUUGAUAAUCGAAAAGUAGGUGGAAGGUGGAAGGAGGAGAACGAAGUGUAUGGUCGAAGAUCAUCCUAAUCUGCUACGGGUCAUUUAUAGCCAUGAGCUGGGGAAUAGAAUUAUGGGUGAGAUAACAAUGUAUUGUUGUUUUUAUAAUCCUCUCGCUAUUGUUUUAAUGGGAGUGCAAUGUUUCCUUGAAAAUUAAAUAAAGGGAUUUCUCGUUUCUGUACCGCAAAAUUGAAAAUGCGUAAGGAAGUGAUUGACAAGUAAGAGUUGAAGAGUUUUUGGCCAAGUUAUGCAAAAAGUUACUAAGGAGUGUUUUAAAUCAUUAAUAUAUAUAAUUUUAUAAGUAUACUCGUGCAGUGCAGUACCAUCACAGAAAUGAGCAUAAUAACAUGCAAUGUCAUUUAAUAACAUUAUAAUGAUGAUAAUGAUAGUUGAAAUGAUAGUAACUACAGACUACAGUUUUUCAGUAAUAUCAUAAUCAUACUAGACUGUAGUAAUUAAUAAUAAUAACUUGAAAAGGAGCAAUAUUUUCUCUACUCAUUUAGUCUUUAGCUUUUAAAGAUACUGAUGUUGACAAUUUUGUAAAAUACUAGAAAUAUCUUCAUAACAUUCACCCUCAUACUUGACUUGUUGGGCCUAUUGACUAACUAGUAACAUACUAACACUAACAUACACGUCGUUACAUACAAUAUUUUACCAUACCUAAUUAUUAUUUUUAGUCCAUGGACCUAUAUGCUAUAGAUGGUAACAGUGCAGGUGCAUAUAAAUAGAUUAUUUCAUUUUUUGGCAUGUAACCUUACGACACUACAUUAGUGUUAAAUUAACUCCAGGCAGUAACAGUAAUACUGAACUGUACAGUACAGCCUUAACUGUGAAUGGAUGGACAUAGGCCAGGCCAAGCUUUGUAGUUAGGCAGUGUCUACAUGUCCGGCGCGCCGGACGUAUAUCUCUCGCACUAUUUGUCCGGCGACUAAGUCACAUGACCGCCGGAAGAAUACUUUAUCGAGAUAUUCGUCCGGUGACCAAGUCACAUGAACGCCGCAACAAAGUGGUGAGAUAUUCUUUGUCCAACAGCCUUGUCAUGUUACCGCGAAUGAUUCAAAACUAUUGUUAAUUUUCAAAUCUAUUUCUCUACCAAGUAAUGUACUGAGUCUCUUGCAUGCAAAUAAUAGAAAAAAAAAGUGAAAGUGGCUUGUAAACAUUUUUUUGUUUAGUUUGUUAUUUGAGUUUGUGUACCAGUAAUCCAUAAAAUAAAUUAGGGGCCAGUAUUCAGUAUGGAGUAGGCAACCAAUAAAAGUAAAAGAUUUCAUUUUAAAUUGUUUAAAUUGCUACAAAAUAUUUUUAAACUUCUCAUAAAACUACUGUUGCUGAUGAACAUGAUAAUAUAAAUAUAAUAUAAAAUAUUUUUAAUUACAAUAGGGGGAAAAAAAAGGUCUCCAUAUUGUGAGUUGAUCCACAAAUAUAAUAUCGUCAAGCGGCCACUCUAUCACAAGACCACACAAGAUCUUCUUAAUAGAUACUUCCUUCAGAAUAAUAAUGACUACUAGUCGUCCGGCGGUCACGUGACAUGCCUGCCUGGCGUAUAUCACGCGCACUAUUUGUCCGGCGCGCCGGACGUGUAGACACUUCGUUGUAGUUAUAUCUUUCAUAAUCCAUAUUUAUUUAUUGGUGAAUUUCAGAGUAGCCUAAUAAUAUUCACUCCAAUCAGGGCUGAUCUAGAAUUUACCAGAAAGUUCUAUUAUUUACGUUAUUAACAUCAAUUCUGUGGAACACAUCACUGACCUUACUGCUAACCCAAAAUCAGCCCAUUAAGUUUAUGUAUACAUAGUCAAGGGGGCACAUUCCCCAGAUGCCGAAAUCCUGUAUUAAUAUAUUAUAAUUUUUGGGGAAGAUGUCCAGGGCCUAGCUUGUUUUUGCUUGCCACUGCUCUGUGAUAGUGGUGAUGAUCAUAUGGUUGCUUUGUGUUUUCAUGAUGAACGAACUCUCUAGAAAUUGAAAGAGUAAUAUAAGCGUAUUCACCCUAGUGACAAUUUUAGUCAAUCUAGGGCCACUCUUACAGUAUCUUCACACUGGGAGGGAAAGGGUGGUUGUCGAUUUUUUAAAUUUUGCCUUCACUUGCAUAUGGCCCAGUGGGGGGGGGGGGGGCGGGGGAUGUUGUAUCUUGGCCGAAAGUACGUACAUUUUUCAAAAAUUCCACCCCAUUCAUCCUGAAAGGCCGAAAAUUGAGGGGGGGGGGGGGGGGGGGCGGGGGAUGUUGUAUCUUGGCCGAAAGUACGUACAUUAUUCAAAAAUUCCACCCCAUUCAUCCUGAAAGGCCGAAAAUUGCAUAUUUAUAUCUUGAGUGUUGUAAAUUUAACACGCAAUGUUUUUGUACUUUUAUUGUCAUAAUGUUGUCAUGUAUUUUCACAAAUGAACUCACUAGAUAUACUCAGAUAGUAGUAAUAAGUAGAGGUAUUACGGUAAUAUUUAGUCCACCAUAUGUCCAACGCAUUUGUGACUUAUAUUUUGCUGGGCGACACAAGUGGUUAUAAAAAUGGUAUUUAAAAAAGCCCAAAUUCAGGUCUUAAAUUCUUACAAGUACACCUCAAAAUAACAAAUACAUAAAUAAAAUAAAAGUUUGGGUUAAAAUGAAUAUAACACAUAAGCGCCAUCUAGUAACAGCAAACAUUAGUUACUUAAGUGAGUUAAUGUUUGAACCACGAGAACUAGUUGUUAGAUUGGAUUAAAAAAUGGAAAUAAAAUUAUAAAAAUGUAAUUUUUCACGCCCCUGUGAGAAAGCUGCAACAACCCAUACCAGGGUAUAGAAAAAGAGAAGGGGGGGGGGGGGUUUUAAAAAAAAAAAAGUAUGCUUGCAACAAGGAGGAGGGGUUGGAAACUUAACCUUUUUUGCCUAUUUACCAUAGAUGGCCCUUUGGGUUUAUUUGUCAUAAAGCUGUGUGGCGUAAUUUUGUGAUAAUUAUUUUUUUAAGGUGGAACUGCGAUAAGUGCAGAAGCAUUCUCAGCAGCAUAAGUUUUUGACAUAUUUAUAGGAUCUGAGAGGGCCUUUGAAAUCUUUUUUUAGAAUGCACAAAACAGAUGUACGAUUUUUAAUUACACCUUUUUUUUCACCCAUUUACAGCUUGUGGUAGGCCUAGUUAUCAAACUGUACUAUCAUCUACUUUUAGACGUUACCUUUUUUUGACGCUAGCUUAACUCGAUCCCACUAGACAUGAGUGGUUAUUAUAUUCAUUUUAUAUACUGUGUGUUUAUUUAUUUACGAUUUAAGAUACUGUCUUGUAAGAUUUUGAGAUGACAUUGUACAAUUUGAGGAGUUUGAGGACAAAUAGCUCUGUAUAUAGAUUGGUAGAAAUUAUUUUUAUCAUCCACAAUAAAACAUGUUGCCAUGUUGCAGAAUGGGAAUGCACUAGUAUGCCAUACCUUUUGGCUCAAAUGAUACCUGAUCUCUUUACAAGUUUGUAAUGAUUAUUAUUGCACAACUUUUAAUGUCAAAUAUGUAAUUUAAAAAAAAUGAUUUUGACUUUUUUUUUCUUUAAAAAAAAUUAAAACAGCAAGGUAAAAAUACUUAUAACUGCUAGUAUCAAAUGGUAAUACAUGUUGUUAAUAGAGUCCUGUCAAAUUCCCUCAUCACAGAUUAUAAAAUAUUUUAUGAAAUAAUUAAUAAUAAAUCUCGCCUACUUUUACCUGGUAGGGCUUGAAACUUGUCCGCUAAACUUACAAUCACAAUAUGUAUUUAUUUUUUUUUUUGGGCACAGAGCUCAGUGGUGAAUCCAUGUUGAGAAUCCACUGAUAUCUGUUGAUGUUUACAAUCUCCAGCUGAAAGGGAUAUCCUACAUAGGUGUUGAUACUAAGCAGAAAUUUUGUUUAUAUUUAUUAAUUUUAAAUUUAUAUGCAAGCACAAGGGUCAGCAAACCCUGGAUCUAUUUGGAUUAAUUUUGCAGUUUUCUUUCAAAUAUUAUUUUAUAAUGAACCAUUCAUGCAAUGUCAAGGGAAAUUAAAAAUAAAAACUGUAUAAUUUAUUUCAUUUCUUAAAGCAAGACAUUGUUCAUCUAAAAUCUUUCCUUGUCUUGCCCACUCCGGUAAUAUCAAACUUGAAAUUUAUUUCACAAAUUUUAGACUCAGAAUUACAAAUUAUUGAAUGCAAAUAAUAAUUUGUUAAAAGUCAGCUGAUGUUAAACUUGUGUUUAUUUUUUGACCGCUCCAUUUUAUUUUAUACCGGUUGCUACGUUACUAACUUUUCAGCUGAUGAUAACGCAUGGGCAUUUAUAAAAAUUUAGGCAUUGUUUUUUUUUUAAUGUUAUGUUGCCAGCAGACAAUGUACUGCAAAACAUACCAAACCUGUGAUAAUGAAACCUACUUGUCCCGUUUUUGUUACCACUAGUACACGCUCUCAGAAAUCUUGCAGUUUGUAUUGCAACGACAUUGAGGUUGUCAGAAAGAAAUUCACAGUGUGAACAUACCCAUAUAGGCAUCUUUGUAAACCUAGUACUGGAUUAAUUUUGACAGCUGUAGUGUAACUCAUUUGUUGAGAAAAAUUACAUCCAACUGGCAUAGAAUCUUUCUUUGCCCAGGAUGGCCCAGUAGAUAGCAGUUGUUACUUCAGCAAGCCACCAGCCUGGUUAAAUUAAUCCCUGUGGUGGUCUUUCUUUUACUCAGGGUUUACUCCCACCCAUGGGCCCAUAUUCUUGUUUUACUGUGCUGAGGAGUCCAUUCCACCUGACUAGCUCUUAAUUGUAUUUAAAAUAAUUCCUAAUGUUACUACCCAAUGAAGAAUGUUUAUAAUAUUUUUUUUUUUUUUUGUAAGGAUGGUUUUUUAUUGAUUUUUUGUUGUUGUUGGUUAUAAUGUUUUAAUACAUUGAAAUAAUUCUUUAACUAAAGACCAUUUUAGACAACAGGGCACAUUUUUGGCAUGAUGAAGAGAUACAUUGAUGGCAAAUAUAAUAUUUUAGGUAAUGAAAUCUUGUAGCAGAUGUUUACAACAAAACUUUGCCAAUGCGGGUCUACUUUAGUUGGUGGUAGUCAAGAGGACAAUGGCCUAGGUGCAGGGGCAAGUUUCAAAUAUUUAUGAAACCAGAGAACCCCUUACUUAUGUUUCCCUUUGUUAAAAUAACCAUUUGCUCUUGCUCCCUGUAAUGCAAAAAUUAGCUUUAUAAUUUCAUUCAAUUCUGAAAUCCAACAAAUGACCUACAAUGUAGCUCUGCUUAUUGACCAAUUAUCAGCCAAUGUGAUUAUGGUGCUGGAUAAUGCUAUUAUUUAAACAUUAUAAUUUUCUUGUUUAAUAAAGGGUCUGGGUCUAACCUUACUAUAAAAUAUUAUUGUGCUUUAAGUCACCAAAUAAGUGUUUAAUUAAUUAAAAUGUAUCAGACAUGUUUUUUUGCUGAAUAAAAAUUUAUGUAUGAAUGUUGGUUUGCAUAAGCACUAUUUAAAUUUUCUUUAGAGAAUUAAACCUUAAAUUUAUCAGGUUUAAAAAAAAAAACAUUCAUAUUUUAAAACCUUCAUAAAGUGUUCUCUCACACACCACUUUGGAUAAGCAAUUAUUUAAAAACAGCCUUUGAGCAACUAACGGCAAUACAAAUUUAAUUGGGCCUUCAUGUUUCUCUGUUGCUUAUAGGCCUAUCAAAACUUUGAGUUUUUGGAUAAAUGGUUGCAGUGCAAUGCAACACUCCUUGUUUUUUUAUAUGUUUAUUUCCUUAAAUUUUUAAAUAUGUGCUUGUUAUAUUCCAGGACCAAUGGGAAAAUGUGAGCGGUCACACGCAGAAAGGCAUUGAUUUCUGUGAGCGCUACAUGCAUUUCUUGAAGGAGAGGACAGCAGUAGAGUUGGAAUAUGCCAGCAAACUUAAGUAAGAAUUUUUUAGCAAGAAAUUUAAAGUUUAAAAAAAAAAAAAAUCUUACAUGCUUUUGACCAACUCUGUAACAUGUAUUUAUUAAAUCUAGUGUGUAAUCUUUGACUUACGGUUGAACAUGCAUUUAACAGUUUCCAUUUCUGAAUAGGGCAGUGCACACAGAAAUGUUUUAACUCAAGGUCUUUUAUUUGUUUUCACAUCAGUAUGUAAACUGAAACCAAUAUACUUUUAAGGCUGAAAAUCUGUUUGUGAAUUAUUUUUUUAAUUGAAAGAUGCAGUCAUUUAAUACAAUAGAUAAAAGCACCCCAAAAAUAAUCUGAGUCGUGCGUGACAUUCAAUUUAAUCUGUGUGCUUUAAGAAACUUUUACAUAAAAAUAUCUGCCAGUAGCUAUCAGUGAAAUCCCCUUUGCCAAUCCCCAAGUGCCUGGGGGGCAUUUUGAGUUAAAAUGUGGCCAAUUGUAAUUAGAUCACACUGUUUUGAUAGCCUCUUUACCUGAUAAGUUAAAAAAUAAAUUAUUUAAUGAAUUAGUGUUCAAGAUUGUAUCUUUUAUUUAAAAUUCUUCAGCCUAAAAGCUUAAUUCAAUUUUAACGUAUGGGGAAACAUCUUGUUGCUUAAAGUAAGAAAUUAAUUUGACAUGAAGCUCUGUUACUUGACAUCACAAGCUCAUGUCAUUGUCAGUUAAUAAUAUUUCCUGGUUUGUUACUGUUUCUAAAAGGUAUUAACCAUGUACAAUUGCCCUGUUAAACCAUUCUUCAAAAUGUUUUUUUUUACUUCCUCUAUGACACUUUUAGAUCUUACUAUAGUUUCUCCAGUAAAGCACAGCAUAAUCACAUGGUGUUGUUUAUCUUAUCAGCCUUUUUUGUGUUGCACAUUCAAGUCUCAAUUACAUUAUUUGAAGGACAAAAUAUAUUUUUUAUAAUAUAAUUUUCUGGGUACCUUAAGAAGUACAUAUUCGAAUAGAAAGCUCUAUUUACUUCAGGUUUUAUUGUCUAUAGAAUGCUGGUGAAAUAGAUUGAAAAAAAAAUACAAAAUACAAAAGUUGAGCGUUUAAAAAUAACACAAGCAUGUAAAUUCUACAUAUAGGGGAGGAGUUAAUUUUCUUUGAUGUUGAAAGGUGGCAUUGUGCAAGGUACGUAAGGCCCCUUCUCGUCAUCACCACCGGGAGGAGUGGUGGUUGUGUUACUUGGGUAGCGGUCUGCAUAUGCAGAGAAUCUGUGACAGUGGAAUUUUGCUGGCCAGGGGAGACCAUGAGUCCUUUGUUGAUAUUCUCCACUACACUGAUCAUAAACCUCCUGAAAAUAAGAUGGGAUGGAUGAGCAUUUUAUCCUCCUUGAUUUUCUUUCAUCUUCCUAUUGUAGCUUAUAUACUUACAAAUUAUCUGGCAAACGUCAUUUUUGAAAAAUAAACUAAGCUCAAAGGCUGUUAAAUCCAUUUUAAUAUCUGAGCUUAAAAUAUGACAAGGCCCCUGUUGUUAAAAUUAACCAUUCUUUUUUGUACGCAUGUUAUGUAUUAUGUAUAGGUCAAAUGGCUCAAGCAUAUUGUUUUUUUUUUAAAAACCUGAAAAGGCUAUAUUUUACUUUUCAAUUAUAUUUUACCUUAUAAAAUAAUUCAAAAUGUAUUAUGUAUUAGUAUAUGAUUUCUGACUGAUGCUGUAAGAGCAACUUACCUGACACAGCUCUUUACAUGGCAGCACAAAGGGUAUUUUGUUGACCAGGUUCUUGUGUUCACGGCUGGCAUCAGUCUGGCCCGGCUGGCCAUCCACACAGUAGGGCAUGUAAACACCACACAGGAAUACCUGUAACUUCUUGGAGCAGCCACUGUCCACAAGUGAUUGGUACUGUCUCAUCUCUUGUGCUAUCUCAUUGGGAUCGCCCUGUGGGUGGCAAGAAGUAGUCUUAUAAAGCUUAUUGCUAACUGGAAAAUAAAAAUAUCUUUUACACACACCAUCAGCACACUCAGCAUCUUUUAAACAAAGUUGUAAAACUAAGAGAGUCAGUAAUAAAUCCAAUUAUAAUGACACAAUUCGAUGCUUCACCUGCAAAAAGAUAUUGGGUAAAGAACCCAAAGGGAGUGGUAUGCCCUGACACAUGGGCAGAGGGUUUUUUUGGCACAACACUUGCUCCUUGUUUUGUUUCUUUUUGCCUUCUCUUUCUGGCUUGAUGCACCUGUGGGAAUCCUUGGGCAGCAGCUUGGCACACUUGAAGUCUUUGCCCCACUUUGUGUUCUGCAGUCUCAUUAGCUUCUUACACUUCACUUUGGCUUUUUUGCAUGUUUCAACACAGGGGUAGUGGGGCUCCUGGUCAUCUCCGACACAUUUUGGUAGAUAGAGGCUGCAGAGGAAGUUCCUCAGAUUGUCAGAGCACCCAGCGUCAACAAAUGGCCACCACGGCUGCAGAGCCCAGUACACCUGACUCUGAGUUGUGUGCCCAAACUUAUUGGGCAGCUUGGUGGCAUUGUACUGAACCAAACCCUGGCACAUGGGCACCCGGACCGGCUCACAUCUGCUGCUUACAAUGGUUUCACCAACACUGUCUGAGGUCAUCACCAUGACAAAAAACAUACUGAAAGAAAUACAGACCAUCUGGACUUUAAAUCUUGUUGAUAAAAGUAUAGUUUCCAUUGUGUGAAGAUUAAUAGCACAUUAAAGACAGAUACAAUCUGAGAUAUGUAACUCAACUGAUGUGCCUACUACAACUUAGGUGGCAACUAUUUUUAUAAUAGUAGUUUGUCUGUAUACCAUGAAGUAUGACCUUCUGACCUCCUUGUAAUGUUUAAGUAGUGUAGUAUUCCCUUUCACACUUCAAGCCACUUGAGAUUACAAGUGGCCAGUUUUUCACUCCUUUGCUGGCUCAAGGUUUCCAUAAUAUGAUUUGCAAAAAUAAUAUAAGUUUAAUUUGUUCUUUAUGUAAACCUUUUUGAAUAAGUUAUUAUAGUUUGUUUUCUUUUUUUCUCUAAUUAGCAACUUCCCAAGUACCUAAUAAGGAUUAAGAUAUAAUUUAUCAGACGGCCUAGUGAAUAGAUUGUAUGGUGAAGGGGCUAGAAGAUAGACCUGAGUAAUCGUUACUGAGUAAUGUGACCUCUUGUACCAUUAGCAAUAGUCAUAGGAAGAGGUCACACAUUUAUGUGCCUUGAUUGCAAGAAGGGCCAUAUCAAUAUUUCAUAAUAAAAAAAUAUUGAAACCUAUUUUGCUUUCUUCUUUUUGCAAUUAAAAAAAAACAACAGUAUUUACUAGAUGUGGUCCUUAUUUAUUGCUAGAAACUUCAUGUGCUCUUGGGUUUAAAAUUAAGUCACAUUGGCCUGUCCCUGCAGGUCUAAACUGUGAAAACUGACGCUAAUUAGAAGUUAGAAGGAACAACUUGUUGCCCAUGAGAUCUGUUUAUUGCUCUCACUCCAAGCAAGUCAAGUUGAUUGUUUUAUAACUCUUGGUGAUCCCAUGCAUUACUGCUUUAUAACUCUUGGUAAUCCCAUGCAGUACUGUGCAGUCGGCUGUUACCUAUUUAAAAAAAAAGAUAAAACAAUUCAUUUAAUGUCCUUGUAUACAUUUAUUUAUUUCAUUUGUUUUUUUGCUAAUGUUUUAAGUGAAUUCUGUGUUGUAAUUGACUACCACUACUUUGGUGCUACCUGUAGGAGUGUUAUCUUUUUUUAUUAUUGAGAAUUGAAAAUACUAUGGGCCUUAAGAUGCAGUGUGUUAAACUGAAUUAAAAAAAAAUAAUUUAUGGUGGUGCUUUUCUUUAAUUGUUUUACCAACUGGUCUGCUAUUUACUGCUAUACUUUCACAGCUUUGUCUGGGUUUGUUAAAUUUGAUCAAAUUUCAUUAUUUCAGACGGCUGGUUAAGAAUUUCAACCCCAAGAAAAAGGAAGAAGAGGAAUUUUCGUAAGUUAAUUUUAAUUAAUUCAUUAGUUGGAUAAUUUAGAUUCAGAUAUCAGAACUAGUUAAUAAAUAAUUUAUUAUGAACAAAGCAGCAAAGAAUCCAUGAAGAUAUCUCAAAUCCUUCUUUUUUUGAAUUGCAAAUUAAAGAUUAAUAUUUUUUUAUUUAAUGUUGCUUUGGAAAAGUUUAUUUCUUAGCUCAAUGCUUUCAUUCCCACAUACAUUCUUCACUAAAAAUGAGGUAAUCUAUUAAAUACAGUGCAACACUUCUGGACAUUCUGUUACAGAAAAUUUGAAAAUUGGUCUCAUCAUUUUUUAAAUUAAGCCAUGAUUAUCAAAUUACAUUUUAUUCAUUGAUAAGAUAGUAAAAGGUUGCAGAGUUCCCUUUUUAAAACAAGAGCAGCAUUAUCCCAACAUGAUUUCCCGUACAUCAUUUAUAGAAGAUUUUUAAAAAAAACACGUACAACAUGCACCUUUCAGAUUUACUUGGUCAAGAGCUUUUCUCAAAAUGCUGAAUGAAGUCCAUGACAUGGCCAGCCAGCAUGAAGUUGUGGCAGAGAACCUACAAGCUACAGUGAGUAAGAAUCUCACAGACCUGGUGCUGGAGUUGAAGACAGACAGAAAAAAGGUAGUCGGCUUAAUACUUGUUGGAACCAUGUUCAUUCUAAAUUUCCUAAGUUUGUUUGUUACGUAACAUGGUUUGGAAGAUUUAUUCUGUUUUAAGAUUUGGCUCCUAUAAUAAACGACAUGUAACAAAGGACUGAGAAAAACGCCAUGCAAAGACAUCGAUACCAAAGCUAGUAAUACUAAAAAUAUUUUAUUUAAUUAUACAAAUAAAUUUCUUUACAUAUCCACAUUCAAAUAAACAGGGAAAAAAAAGUACAUAACCUUACAGCUGGUGGAAAAGGAACACUCGUCAAAAUGCAAAUAUUAAUUUACACCCACAAUAUAACGUUUCAUAUAGCAAAAGAAAUAUAGCAUACAUCUCUCUUGCUCUAUCUGCUAAGGAAGCAGGCAGCAUAUUUAUAAGUACCAAAUCAGAAUGAUCUAGUGAAGAAUUAACAGAAUGCAUUCGAAGGGGGCCAAGUCAUAGGUUAUAAUAUAAAAAUGUUCUUACAUUAAAUUGUUUAUUUGUAAAAAAAAAAAAAAAAAAAAAGAAACUACUAUUUAAUUUUUUCCCCCAGUAUCUUCAAGAUGGUGCUAAACUACAAGAAUCUUUGAGGGCUUGCCAACAAACCUUAGAAAAGGUAAGCUUAUUUAUAUAUUUUAUUUGCUAUUUAGUAUAUGGGACUUUGAGUGGCAUUUCAUAAUUGAAAUAUUUCUUAGUGUUGAAGUGAAAUAAGUUGCUUUGACUUAAAGGAUUAAAAGACAAUACGUUUUUAUUUUUUAAGUAUGAUUUUAUAAUUUGUAAUGAUAAGGUUUAAAUCAGCCUAUGUCACAUUGUAAAUUUGAUAGCUCACCUGCUUACUCUUACGAUUUUGGUAUACAAUGUACAAUUUUGAGAAGCCAUUUAUGAUUGUUCGCAGAGACCUGUCAGAACUACGAUUUUAAGAGAUCUGAUUUUAAAAAAUAUCCACAUAGUUUUUUCCAUAUUUAAAAAAAAAAACAGUUUUGGUUGUUGGGUUUAGGUCCUUUCUACAUCCAGCGGCGAAUGGACUGAAAAAUACAAGUUGUUAUGGACAACUGCGGAUUACUUUUGAACAUUUAAAAAAAAGAAUUUUUCAGCUGCUCUGCACAGCAGCUUUACUGACAUUUUAUAAGAUCUUGUAAGCUGCAUUUGAAGUAUAUAUUUAGACGUCACUAAGCACCUGACAAUGUAAAUACCCCGCUACUUCCCUUCUCCACAUAUGGCUUGCGGUAGUUAUAUGUUUAUGGAAUAAGGGAAAUAAAAUGAGGCUUCAAGGCUGAUUGCAGGUAUGGCCAACCUGCGGCCAGCCACGUAAAAUAUAGUGUAUCACAAAUGAACUUAAUUCUUUAUUCAAAUCAAUUAGCUAUUACUUUCAUUCUUGGCAAAAAAGCACAUUUGGAAUAUAUACGUCACUUUUAUGAUACAGUAUGUGCCAUUUGAGUUUACCUGCUCCUUUUGUUUACUGUUUUUGAAGAACAUUAAUAUAAGAAAUCUCAAAUUUAAAAAAAAAACUAUAAAACAAUUAUUCUAUAAUUAUGGUAUCAACUAAAACAAAAUGAUUUACAUAAGCAGCCAGGUAAAGGAAACCUCAUUGUGCACAAGCAUUUCUUCAGUUGCUCUCUGAUUAAGUUUAGAAUGAUGCAAAACUAAAUUCAGUUAUACACCAAAGUGCAUACCUUCAUUUUAAAUUCAUUAAAAAAAUUAUGCGACUCUGCGCCCCCCACCUCCUUGUAUGCGAAUCAAAAUGGCAAUGACUGUUACCUUUUUAUUUUCUUUAAAAUUAUCUGUUACCUUUUUAUUUUCUUUAAAAUUAUAAAGCACUGUAUACAAAAAUACCAAUGUCAGUCAUCUACUUUUGUACACAUGUAGUGUUAGCAGCUAUUUUAUGCAUGAUACCGUAUGUUUACUUAUUUACUACUUGGACACUGUAUCGUAUGAUUUGAGAUUUUAAAGUACUAUUCUGAAAUGAUAUUGUACUAUUUUGAGAGUUCCAUGGUAACCAGAUCUGUGAUAGUGCAAAAUCACAACAAAAAAGUCACUAAAAUUGUUAUUUUACAAUCGAAAUUACAUUAUCCUCAUUCAAUAUGUAUGUGUAUAUAAUAUAUAAUUUUGUCUUAGGCAAAAAGAAAAUAUGAGAGGUCUCACUUUGAAGCAGAGAAAGCUUUAGACAACUAUAGGAAAGCUGAUGCUGAUAUCAACUUGUCUAGAGCAGAGGUGGAAAAGGUAAAUAAUAAUAUUAACUUGUCUAGAGCAGAGGUGGAGAAGGUAAUUAAUAUUACCAACUUGUCUAGAGCAGAGGGGGAAAAGGUAAAUAAUAUUAUCAACUUGUCUAGAGCAGAAGUGGAGAAGGUAAAUAAUAAUAUCAACUUGUCUAAUGCAAAGGUGGAAAAAGUAAAUAAUAAUAUCAAUUUGUCUAGAGCAUAGGUGGAAAAGGUAAAUAAUAUUAUCGUCUAGUGCAGAAGUGGAGAAGGUAAAUAAUAUUAUCAACCUUAAGGGAAUUUUACUCUGGUUAUUCUGAACUUAUUGUCACAUUUUAUAUUCAGUUCCUAUAAAUUCUAUCGAAAGUUCCCGGUGUAAUGAUCAUUUAAAAACCAUUUAAAAUGGUCAGUAAACAGACAAUAAUUGUUUUCCUGACAUAAGUUGAAGUUAAUUUUAUGAAUGAAUACAGGAAUUGUCUGGUGGUCAAACAGUAAAUGAACAAAGAUUGUGUUUUGUUUCAGUAUCGUAUGGUCAUGAACUCUAAAGUGCAGCAGAAUGAUGACUGUAAGAGUGAGUAUGCCACUCAAAGAGAACAAUUCAAUGCAGCCCAGAGAGAGUUUUAUGUGCAGACAAUGCCUCAGGUCUUUCAGGUAGCCCUUAUUUAUAUAAUCUUUUACUUUCUUUUUUUCAUAUUGUUGGGUGGGUAAUUAUUAAUUCCUUUGGUAACUUGACAUUUCAAUUUUUUUAUUUUUAUAUUGCAAAUUUUAAUUUCAAAAAUUAUUACUGAAAAAAAAAAAAGGCAAAAUGUAAUUGAGAAGUGUGAAGCACAGCCAUAAAAUAAGUUUGCAGACGAAUUAUAGUGCCUGAGAAGACCUAAUUUGAAGAAUUACUAUACUUUAUUUUCUUCCUACUGAUUGUAAAUGGAGAAUAUCACAUAGUAGUGACCCUUCUUUCAUUCUUUUGGCUUAUUGUGUUUUGAGAGUGUAUGCCAGUGAUUUUCAAAAGGGGUUCCACAGAACCUAAGGGUUUCGCGUGUGCCAGCCUGGGCUUUGGUGUGUGCCAGCCUGGGCUUUGGUGUGUGCCAGCCUGGGGUUUCGUGUGUGCCAGCCUGGGGUUUUGUGUGUGCUAGCCUGGGGUUUGGUGUGUACCAGCCUGGGAUUUUGUGUGUGCCAGCCUGGGAUUUUGUGUGUACCAGCCUGGGGUUUGGUGUGUGCCAGUCUGUGGUUUGGUGUGUGCCAGCCUGUGGUUUCAUGUGUGCUAGCCUGGGGUUUCAUGUGUGCCAGCCUGUGGUUUCAUGUGUGCCAGCCUGGGGUUUGGUGUGUGCCAGCCUGGGGUUUCAUGUGUGCCAGCCUGGGGUUUUAUGUUUGCCAGAUGUGCCAGCCUGUGGUUUGAUGUGUGCGAGCCUGGGGUUUCGUGUGUGCCAGCCUGUGGUUUCAUGUGUGCCAGCCUGGGGUUUGGUGUGUGCCAGCCUUGGGUUUCAUGUGUGCCAGCCUGGGGUUUCAUGUGUGCCAGCCUGGGGUUUCAUGUGUGCCAUCCUGGGGUUUGGUGUGUGCCAGCCUGGGGUUUCGUUGAUGGCCAGUAAAGUAAUAAAAAUAAUAUCUGGAAUCGCCAAGGUUUAAGUCUGACAGUACCUGGGCUGUGCUGUAAUUAGUUAUUUUUUGUGCAGUUGACGUUUUUGUCCUAAUUAAUAUUUAGAGUUUGAAUUAAUUUUCAUAACGUUGUUUUGCGUGACCAUGGACUGAUUAAUUAGGUAGAGAAAAUUAGACAAUGCCUGUGCUGACAACCAAACUAAAAUAGUGACAAUUACUUGGCUAUGGGAUUCACUUGGGCAGAAGAACCAUUUGGAAUAGAACAAACCCUUGUCACUGGUGGGUUUCCGCAAGCAAUCUAAAUGAUUUAAAGGGUUCCAUUACAAUAAAAAAAGGUUGAUAAGCAUGGUGUUGGCCACCGAUUUUUAUCACUCUCCAAGUUGGUUUCUGUCCUCUUCUUUGGUGGCUGUUUUUUUUUUUUUUUACUCCUUCCCAAGAAUAACUGUUGAGUAUUCCACAUUUCUAUUCGCUUACAGUGUGGGGUGACCCUAUAUUCAUUUAAACCCACUACCUCCUGGUUCUGAGACAGACAUGCUAUUGUAUUCAUUUAAACCUGCUUUGACAAAUAUUCACCGUCUCAUUGGACCAUUUUAAAAGCUUUACAGUUGUUUUUUUAAAGAGAAAACAAUUGAACAAUUGUAUGUUUAUAUUUCAAGAAUUUUUACUGAGUUAUGUUUGAGGAAAUAUUAAUCUGAUCUUCUGACUACCAAUUGGGUACUAUAUGAGCAUUGUCAAAGAGUGGUAAUAUUUGUUAAUAUUGAAGUGGUGCCCCCUUGUUUAAACACAGGCAUGUUUUUUAUUUCUGCACAUAUUUGAAAUAAGUUAGGGGUUGUUUCCAGUAGAAUGCUCUCCAGCAAAUGACCCACAUAUAAUACACAUAGAAGUUAAAAAUACAUUUUUUAACAUUUCUUGUGCUGUAAAAUUGUAUUCUAGUUACUUUAUUUUGACAGGUCAUUUCUGUUAUCUAAAAUAUUUAUUUAUUACACCUACAUACUAAAACUUUAUUCUUGUUUCAGAGUCUCCAAGACAUGGACGAGAAGAGGAUAACAAAGAUUCAGGAGUGUGUAUUUCAAUGUGCUGAGAUAGAGAAGAAUGUCAUACCCAUCAUUAACACUUGUAUAGAAGGAAUAGCCAAGGCUGCCGGUAGCAUAAAUGCCACUCAAGUGAGAUACUGCUUAUCAUAAUAUGCUCACAUAAUCUUAAAAUAUAUUCAGGUUGUUAAUAUGUGCUUUAAAAUGUAAAAAUAAAAAUGCAGGAGUUAUACUCAGAUAAAAUAUCUGAACUUCAAAAAAAUAUCACAGGUCUAUCUUCACAACAAAAAAAUAUUACAGGUCUAUCUUCACAACAAAAAAUAUCACGUCUAUCUUCACAACAAAUAAUUAAUAUUGAAAAAUACUCACAAUGCACUGUGUAAAAUUUUAUUUAAUGGGCUAAGAGGAAUUGACUUUAUCAGUAAGUUUUAGUGUUUUUUUUAAAACACAUUAGAUUGGCGUGGCAUUGAUGCUAAUCUUUUCUUAUUUCUUUUUUACUCCAACCUUUUCUGUCUUCAGGAUAGUAAAUCCGUGAUAGAUCGAUAUAAAUCUGGUUUUAAUAUCCCUCAAGACCUCCCGUUUGAAGAUAUGAACAAUGCUCAGCCCAUGGAGCCCACCAGCAACACCCUUCCUUCCCGCAUCACCACACCGUCCAACACAGUCAAAAGUGCAACUUUAUCUGGUAAAUCCAAGAAGAGGGGAGGAAUAUUUGGAUUGUUUGGCUCUUCCAAGGUAAUGAAUUACAAAGCAUGGGGAAAAGACCUCAUUAGUAGCAUAAUCCAUUCACUAAAAUAACACUAAAUAAACAUGUAAAAUAUAACUUAACAAAAUAUAACUAUAUAUUUAAUUACAUGAAUUUAAGUCUGAUUUUCUUAUGAUUAGUCGAUGACAUGAAUUUCUCAUGAUUAAUCAGUGACAUAAGAUUUUAGUAAAGUUGGCUAACAUCUUGUGUUGAAAUUUUUUGAAAAUUAUAGAAAUAAAUUGUAUUCUUACUUGAUAAAACUCAAUUAUUGUGAAUGACAAUUGAUCUGUGUUGAUAACUCUGCAUUUUACAAAUUAAUGAAGAUUUUACUAUUCAGUAACCAGGUGGAUUUUAUUUUUCUAUAUAAAUUGUGAACUAGCUUCAGGGGAAAUUCAUGUCCAUCUUAGUUGCCUUGAUUUUUUAGUGGAAAGUGGAUCAAAUAGCCGAGGCAAUCCACCCUUCGCUGUUUUUGAAAUAUAAUAUUCACCAAUAAGCUUUCAUAUCGUUCUUCUUCCUCUUACCUUUUCUCAAAAGGGAAAAGUAAGUAUCCAUUUCUUUGUGUCCUGACCGCCACACCACAUAAAUAUGUAGAUGUAGUAGAUGUCAUGUUGCCAAUAUGCAUCCUUAACAUUCUCAAUUGUUGUUUAUGCAUUUUUUUUUAAAAAGUGGUUAUGAAUCCUUCCCUACAUCAUAAUUAAAAUCAAAUUUUGAGAUUUCCAUAUUUGUUUUUUCCCUUAAAUAAUAACAACUCUUGGUGUCUGCUGAGCAAAGUUUAGAUUCAACUCCCAUUUUAUGAUGCACCUUUUCAUUUUUUUUUUUAUUAUCAAAAGAGUAUUGAUGAGUUCGGUUGGCAUUCAAGGCAUUAAGUGGAGUAACUGUUUUUUUUUUUCCUUCUAAUAAAUAGCGCACAUUCAGUUCCAUGAGCUGUACAAAAAUAAUCAGUUGAUAAUAUAUGUCAUAAUUUUUGUAAAAACAGAUACACAGAAAAGUCUCCUUUAUAUAUAGGGUUAUUUUAUCUCCAGAUAGGUCGCAGGUGACACAUUUUGCUCUCUCGAUGUUGUUUUAUUACAGGAACACUACCGACAAUAGUAUAUUUAUCAGAAUCAGAUUUAUUAUCACAAUAAUUGUCAUUCCAUCAUUUAAUACAUAUAGUUGUUUCCAUUACAUCUUGUCCAUGUUCUUCAUUCAGGGCCCUGGGGGAAGAAUUUACAAUCCACAGGUACAAACUUAUAUCUACACACAAUAGCCAACACUAGCCUUCUACUCUCACUAUUUCGCUUACCGUUACACGUCUGCUAAAGCUCUGAUGUCACAAAUAUAUGUACUGCCUCAGUCACAUCAUGUGGCUUCUGGUGAAAAUAAAUUUUCUUGCAUCAGUGCUUGUAUCAAACACUCCUAUGAAAGAUCAAACCUCAUUCAUUACUGCUCAUACAGGAUUUUUGUGUGUUCAAAAUUAGAAUGUUAUAAGCUGAUCUUUAAAUAGUUACAAUAAUUUGCCCCUGGGAACUUAAGACCCUGUGAUUGUCGUAUUCUGUACAAAUUAAAACAAUGUUAUACAUUUCAAAACAUUAAAUACAAUUGGUGUGGGCAGAUUUUAGUUGAAUAUAAGUUGCCAGUCUUAUGGGCAGGUUUUGCUUGAAUAUAGGUUGCCAGCCUUGUAGGCAGGUUUUACUUGAAUAUAGGUUGCCAGCCUAGUGGGCAGGUUUUACUUGAAUAUAGGUUGCCAGCCUUGUGGGCAGGUUUUACUUGAAUAUAGAUUGUCAGCCUUGUGGGCAGGUUUUACUUAAAUAUAGAUUGCCAGCCAUGUGGGUGGGGCCAUGCUAAUCAGGGGAUCAAAUGGUGCCAAAACAUUAUUAAACAGUUUAAAAUAUUUUUGAAAGGUUGAGUUAAAAUUCAGUCUUUGCUAGUUAUGCAGUUUUUCCUUGGCACAGCCCUGCAUGUGGUACAUUUUCUUCUCCGCUACUAGUUAGGAGCAGAUUAUCCCUGUUUAGUGCUAUAAGUAUAAUAUAACACUGUCUUCUAACAUUCUUACUAAAAGCUCUUGGACCUAAUUGCAGAAAAAUAUUUCCUAUUCUUGGAAGAUGUGUGUGAGCGUAAGUCCAUUGAAAUAAUCUCUGGUUGGGUAGCAUUCACUUCUUCUGACAACACAUUUUCUGUUGCUAUUAAAUGGUGCAGUGUUAUACCCAUUAUGUUUUUCCAAUUACAAAAUUGUCAAUAGAAUACUUGGGUAAGCUAAGACAGCAUAUUGCACCAAAGGUAGCACUGAUUAGCCAGUUACCAAUUAACAGGUGUCACUACUUCAACCAAUAAUUAAUUAGUAUGGUCAUGUAUUGUGCUUUAAAAAUGUGCAUUGUAAAGACUUGUUGAAUUUAUUAGAAUAUUUUUUCAUAACUUAUUACCAUUAUUGAGCUAAUGUUUGGGUUCCAGGUAGUAAGCUUAUGGUAAUAAUUACAACGGGUUGAACAAUCUUAAUUUAGUGCUAUCUUCCCUUUGUCUAAUCUGCCGGGUACUUCUAUUUAUAACAUUUUUGAAUUUUGGUGAAACUGUACAGAUUUAAUUUUGAACAACUGGUUAACAAUUGUAUCUUCACUCUGCCAAAAAAAGGACAAUUUCCAAACACAAAUAUAUCUAUGCAUUGAUCAGUUAAACUCUAAUUCCAUCCCAUAUUUUACAAUGGAGUCAGAGAUAAGUUUCAAUUCUUAAAUAAUAUUCUUCAAGACAUUUUUAAAGCUCCUUAUAUUAAUUACAUCAAUGCUAACAUUGUUACUGAAUCAUUGUGCAUGCACCUGGCUUACCAAAACUCCAUUGUGAUUUGUGCUGACAUCUUCUUUCGGUCUUAACUCCCCCCUCCCUUCUUGAUGGUCAUUCACACUCAGAAUGAUUCAUGGCAGUGCAUAUAACAUGUAGCAUCAUGAUUUUAACCAAAACAAAGCCGCCCAAGACUGCUUUCAAAAUGUAUGAUUAUUUUCAUUCUCCUUUCCAUAACACUAGCAUUUUCCGAAGGGUACUGCCUUCAAAUACACCUGGCACUCUUAUAAUUAUGUCGGCACUUCUACGUAAUAAUAUAUCAACUGAUCCUUUACUCAUGAGGAAGGGAGAAUGUUACAAAAAAAUGUAGUUAAAACCAAACUAAUUGCAAAUUUUGAAGCUCAUUCUGUUACAAUUUUAAGUUUACAACUAAACUGAAUAAUUUAAUAGUUAUAUGCAUGCUAUAAAUUGGUUUUGAUGUAAAAUCUCAGUUUAUAAUACAUACAUGUAAAAUAUGCAUUCUCCUACAUCCUCAUGUAAACAAAGAUUUGGGUGUUUGGAAUAUAUAUAUAUAAAUAUAUAAAGGUCCAUUUUAUUUAUCCAUUUAAAUCUUCCUCACUUUUUUUUGGAUCUGCAGAAAUGGAGAUAUUUUUUAUUAUAACUGAGAUUUUAUUAUCAAUAAUUAUUUAUUGUCCAGUUUUCAAAUUGUGCACAGAUCCAUCAUGUUACCUUUUCACUUCACUUUGGGAAUCUUUCUGUUACUUGGCUGUAAAUUUUGUAAAAAUACCAUCAUAAAAGAAUUUUGAAAAGUUUGUUGUAAUUCCUGGCACUAUAGUAAAAUUAUAAAUCUUAAAAAUAGACUUAAUUAGUACUUAAGAGAAGUAAGGGCUAAGCUGUUUUUUUUUAACAAUGUUUAUUUUCUUUCUAUUUUCCUCAAAGUGAAUAGCUUAUCAAUUAACAAAAAUUACUUAUUAAAAGCCUCAAUGAACUUUAUAUUUCUAAGCAUCCCUUUUGGUUAAACCUUCUUUUCUUUCUAAAAAUGUUAAGAAAUUAUUGUUGUUUUUUUUCUUGGAUCAAUCAAUUUGCUGUCCCCCUUUUCUUUAUGCUGCGUAUCUAUAUGUGAAUGUGAUCAUUAGAAAAUAAAUACAUAAAAGUUACCAUUGUUUUCUUAGAAACAAAUAUUUCAUUGUUGAUGUCUUAGAUUCUAGUGGGAAGUAAUAUUGUAAUCCUUCCUGCUUUGAUCCUCUGACUUUUCUUCGAGUAAAUAUUUCUAAGGAAUUAAAUGGUUGCCUUAGGUGAGACUUUGUCCAUAGACUGAUGCGUUAACUUCUUACUCUCUAGGUUGAUGAACAAAGAGAGGACUUCAGUGAUCUCCCACCUAAUCAGAGGCGGCGUAAACUGCAGCAGAAAAUAGACAGCCUUAAGAAAGAGAUGCAUAAAGAACAACAGGAAAGGUGAGACGGGACCUUUGUUUAGAUAGCUCUUCAUUUCCAGAAUGACCUCCCAAAGAAAGGGAAAUUAAAUAACUUGCAUUGACCACUAUUGACUUCACUAUGUAACUCUUUAUUGCCAGUGUGUUUUGUUUCAGUUUUAGUUGCUGCUUGUCCUCAUUCCUGGUUUUCAGUAGCUAUGACUUUUUAAAAAAAAAAAAAGAGUAUUUUUGGUCUUGUGUUGUGCCUUUUGAGACAAAAGGAUUCUGCAUCGUUUCCAGACCACUUGUUUUCCUUUGGUAUAUAAGCCAUAGCCUUAUAAGAAGUUGAAUGUAAUUUACACCCAAAACCUUUCUGUCCCAUCAUUUCUGAUGCAUUGAUCCAGUUGGCUGAUUGAAAAAGACUGAAAUAUUUUGUUUCUAUUUGUGUGUAUCACACACAUCUUGUAGUUAUUAGAGAAGAAUUAGGGGGUUUUGUGUGUUUUAAAAUGAAAUUGUUGAAAUGAGUUGACAUGAUUUUCUAUUUGUGAUGUUUGCUCCUAGGGAAGGAAUUAUGAAACUUAAAGAUGUGUAUGCCAGUAACCCUGCUUUGGGAGAUCCCAGCACAUUAGAGAGGAAGAUAGAAGAAAACUCACAAAAACUGGAUAACCUUCGACAAGAAUUGCAGAAAUACGAGGUAUCAUGUUAAUAACAUUGCAAUUUUUGUUAACUUCUAGACCAAGUUGAAUAAUUAUGGAAAAAAAUCCUGACUCUCAACAGUUCUGUCAGAUAUUAUUAUUAUUAUUUUUAACCAAUUCUAUAUGCAUUUAAUUAAAAUUAAGCAUCUUGUUAUUAUAUCAAGUUAUUUCCAUUUUAACUCAUUCCUUAAGAAGGCAGUGCUACUUCCUUACUUCAAUAAUAUCAAUAUGCCAGAGAACGGGAAUUAACUCCGUUUUGCAAUUGAUUUACAUUUGUACAAUAUUUUUUAAAGCUGCUAAAUAUAUAUUAAUUUGAAUGAAUUAAGGGUAAAUCCAUCCAGAAAUGACUAACGUUGAAUAAAAAUUCAUUAACGGCGGGAAAAAAAUGAACAAUGACCAGUGGAAGUCUCAAAGGAUGAGAGAUUUCAAUGCUAUUUUAAACUAAAAGUAAAAGAGGUGUGGCGCAAUGAGCCGAACUGCAUUGGGGUGCCUCCGUCGGAACCCCAAAAGGACGCAUUUAGUCGCAACCUCCAGGAAUAAGUUAAGUGUAAGCUCCAAUUCAUUAAACCAUGGAAAAUAAUGUAUACAAAUCUAUAUUUUUGUCAUUGAACACAGGAGAAAAAUAUACAUUAACUUUUCUCCAUUUUUAAAUUUGCUUCUUGAAUCCUCACUAAUACAUUGAAGUAUGAAGUACCAUUGAAACACCCCAUCCACCCUCCAUACCCUUUUAUUUUUAAUAAAAAAGGUUAGGUUCUAUACAGGCACUUAAUAUGAAAGACCUAUUUUUGUUUUACAUCUUUAUUCGCAAAUGAGACAACCUAUUUUUGUUCGUAUCAGAAAAUUUCUUGGAAAGAAAUCUCGUCAACGGAAAAUUGAUCAACGGAAGUUUGGUCUAAUUUUUUUUUUUUAUUUCACACGAUCUAAUUUUUAAUCAAAUUACUUUUUGAACAUAUUAUUUUGUUUUACUAUAUAGUAUAGUUUGUUUUACAUCUUGGUUCCUAAAUGAGACAAACCUAUCUUUGUUUUACAUCUUUAUUCCUAAAUGUUGCUAUAUAUCCUACUUGCUUCAUCUUGUUUUGUUUUUUAAAGUUAGGGUCUUGAGCAGUAAAAUGAGAUUAUAAAUUGAAUUUGAUAUUUCUUGAUGUCAGGGUUACAUGGUUGAGGUGGAGGGGAAGUCAUCACGCAGACACAGCGCAUCAGAGGACAGCCACUCACUGAGCACCUCAGGCAGCGGGGACACGCCACACAUUCAGCAGGUCUCGGCGCCCGGGACACCGCACAAUCAGCAUAAUGUCUAUCAGUGAGUACUCCUGUCUCAGUAUGUGGCCCAUAAAUGUAAUUCAAAUCAGUGGAAUUCACAUAAUCACACAUGAGUUGAUUUGGGAUCCAUGUCACUUAAUAUGGUUCAUGGGGGAUCAUGCUUGACUCGGUUUGUUUCUUCUAGAGAUGGAUGUCACCAUUGUUAUUAUUUUUAAACGUGUCCAUGUUUUACUUUAUUUGAUGUUUCUUAUGUGUACUGAUUGAUGAGUCCAUUUGACAUUUCAGACCAAUUGACGGUGACGAGGACGGGGAAGAUGACUUCGAUAUGUUCCCUGUGAUUGGCAAAUGCAGAGCCUUGUAUGCAUUUCAAGGUACAUUACUAAAGGACAUUUUUACAACCAAAAUUAAGGGGACAUAGCUUGUUUGAUAAAGUUUAAUAUGAAUCAGUGGUGCUCAUUGGGGAUAUGCUGUGUUGAUGUAGAUUUUUGUAGACACUGAUGAAUUAAAAAAAAUGUACAUGAAAAUAUUCCAUAGCAUAGAUAGGUUUGCUUUGUUAAUUGAUAGAACUAAUGGAUAAACAAAGACAUUAAUUUUUUUUAUAAAUCAAAUAAUAUAUAUCAUUUGCGUACUCUGUUAUGAUAAAAGAAGAAUAUUGUAUUUUAAAAUGUGUACCUGGGAUGGGAAAAUUUCCGGGGAAAUAUUUUGUUGACUAAAAAUAAUAAGGCAUCCUGGGAGAGAAAUCCUCCUCAGGACUAGUUAUAGCCAUUCAAAUGUUCAAUUAUUUUAUUAUUGGCUAUAGCCCACCUAAUGAUGGCAACCGUGAUGCGCGACCUUUCUAUCUAUAAAAUAACUUGACAAAGCAUGCAUUCAAAGUAGUAAUGCACUUUAUAAGCUUUCCAAUCGGUGCUCCCCCCUAGGCACACCACCACCCCUGAAUUGUUAUUAAUAUUCUAAUGUCCCACCCCCUUUACACCACAAAUUUAUCACACGGGUUUUUAAAUUUAGACUUUCCAUAGUACAAAAGAAAAUAUUUCACACCUAAUGCACUUGCAGUAUUUUUAAGAGUCUCAUUUCAUGCGGUCAUUGGGAAUUUUAUUUAGUGAAGUCGGCGCCAUCUGGUAGCGUAAGUGACAUUGUUAGAUAGAGAAUUAUGUAUUUUGAUAGUUAAUUAUGCACUGGGGUAAUGGUUUUUUUUUGUUUUCAGCUGUCAAUGAAGGUUCUGUCAACAUGGGAGAAAAUGAAGAAAUGCAGAUCUUGGAGCAGGACCAAGGGGACGGCUGGACGAGAGUGCGGAAGACAGAUGGCCUGGAAGGCUUCGUGCCAACAUCUUAUAUAGAGUGCCAUUAUUAUGAUGGCGAUCAAGUGUAAUCCAAGCUCAAGGUGCCCACCGGUGAUCCAAGCAAAUAUAUCAACUGUGGACAUUUUAGAUCGCUGUGUGCUUUAAUUCUAGCCAAGGAUCAAAAGGACAAAUCUCUGUGUGUUAAAGAUUUGGAGAUAUCUGUGCACGGGGGAUGACUUUAAAGGCUGUAAUGUAAGGUUGGUUGUGUGAAAGGAGUUUUGAAUGCUGCAGGGGUGGAAGAGCUACUAUUUGCAUGAUGGUAGCAAGGCUUGAAUAAUAGAUUCAAUGGACACCUUUUUUUCUUUUUUGCUACAGGUUCUAGUAUAAUUAGUCCUGUAGGUCAGUUGUUCUCAAACUGUGGGAGCUGUUAGAUGCUGCUGCAUGGGGUGGGUUGAGUUGAGAUGAAUGGGGCAAGGAUGCUGUACAGCGGAGCUUGUUAUGAUUUAACUAGUUGGAUUGUAAAUAGAAGCUGAAAACUAGUGACAAAGGUAUGACUGGGCUGAAGUGUAAAUAGGAGCUCAUGAAAUGAAUGAAAAAAAUACCAUACCCUUGUUUGACAAGGUUGUUGUACAUAGAGGUUUAUUUGUAUGAUACUGGUGUGGUGUAAAUAGCUGCUGCAAUUAUUUUAGUGAUACUUGCUCUAGGUGUAGGAGGCGGGCGUGGUGCGGGUGUGGGCCGGAUCAGGAGGAUCCUCAAAAAUAACUACUUUCUGGGACAUAUGCUCAAGGGUUGGAAAAAUGUAGUGGCUGAAAGGUAAAAAUUGUAGUGCAGUUAAGAUCAGAAUCCACAGCAAUUUACAAGAGUCUUGACAUUUUAGACAAUUGAUGAGCAAUGGUACUACAACAUGAUGUCAGAGAUUUGAUAGACGGGAUUCAAAUAUUUUAUUUUUUGUUGGCUUCAUAGUCUUAAUGAAAACUGGAAACAUUAAUUUUUUGAAAUAGUGGGGUGAUGGUUUGACCAUACUUGGGAAGCACAAGUCUAGAUCCAUAACAGCAUAUACAAAUCAUCUAGUCCUGUUUGCCUGUGCAGAGUUCAUAUGUUAACAUUAUAUUAAUGUUAUGCAACAGUUUGUUAAGGUAGUACUGUUUAGCUUGAACCACAUUUUUUUUUAAAUUUCUAUUUCUUGAUUGUCAUUAACUUAUUCUACUAUGUAUAUUAUUGCAAGCAUUAUACAAAUAAUAUUUUAGAUAUCCCAGUGUACAUUUAAUACCUGUUGUGUUGUUUAUAAAAAACAGAUGUGUAAUUUUUAUUGUAACUAAUUUUACAAACGUGUUUGCUUUUUGUUUUUCAAAUUUGAUUUUGUUAUAUCGUCGUCAAAGGAAUCGUCAACAUUUGUCUAGCUCUCACAGUGUGGCAUCUCAUCCUAGUCACAGGUGAUGGCUGGUUUCUUAUACUUCCCUGUGUAUUACCAGUUGUCCAAAGGUGUCCAAUUGUCUGCUUAGUGGCAGGCCUGAGUCUUUGCAGUUAAGUAAGGAUUUGGUGAUUUGCUCAGGAAAUGACCCCAGAGCUGGCUCUACUUAGACAAGUAAAAAUUAUCACUUGUUGUAAUAUAGACUUGUCAUCAUCUACAUGCACAGUUACUGGUUUUUAUGGCAUUUUUGUUUUACAAAGCCCUAAAUAAAAAUACAAAAUUUUCACUGCAAUUCAAUGGUCAUAGUAUUUUAAAUAGUCUUAAUUUCCAUCCAGUAGAUGCAACCGUUUUAACUUUUAACUUUAACUUUGCAUUUAAAUUUAUGUGAGAGAUAAUAAAAAAAAAAGUGGGAUAGUGUCUUGAACUUAUAUAUAUUUAUAUAUAUUUGAAGCCUUUGACGUGUUCUGUGUUGAAAUGAAUGGCCUGUGCCAUGAUGUCAGAUAAAUCCCUUGAUUGAUAAGUGUUCGGUAAUCCUCUUUGUUGUAUUGGGGUAGGUGAUGACCUAUUCAAACCUGAUAGCUUUAAUUGAGUCCACUAGGAUGAUCUCCA